GCAGCUACAGCUUUGGGUUCAAACAUCAGCUUUGUGACCUCAGGAAAGUUUCCUAAACCCUGUUUCCAUAAAAUGAGGGGAUCCUACCUACCUUGUAGGGCUGCCGUGAGAAUUAAAUAAGACUGUCUUGAGAAGCUCUUGGGGUCACAUGGCAUGCACUGGGUAAUAAUGAAAAUGAUGUGUGUAAACAGUAAUAAUACUGAGUGGCGAGUCCCGGAAGUCCGAGUCCCUCCUCUCAGCAUUUCCCAGAAGGUGAUCCACAGAACCCUGGGUGCUUCCCCAGAAAAGGGGUCCCAUGGUCUGAACAGUUCAGGCAGGGCCAAAGCCCUUAGAGAUUCCCAACACGGGUCCUCUCGUGACCCCCACUUACAGACGAGGAGACUGAGAUACAGAAAGGGGAUGUGACUUACCCAAGGUCCCCAGUGGGUAGUGGCAGAACUGAUACAGUGGGUACAACCCCCUCCACCGGGGCAGGGUUGGAGAAGGCUGCACGUGAGGGGGCAGCACAGUGCCUGGCACCCAGGACACACUUGAGCAUGGCUGUCACCCGGGGAACACACCGAGGGAAAGGCCACCUCUCCCGAUAUCAUCCUCACAGCAGCCCAGCCAAGGCCCACUCCAUGGAGGAGGAAACUGGGGCUCAGAGAAGGAGACUCACUUGCCCAAAGCUGCACAGCCAGGCAAUGGCAGAGCCAGCAUUCAAGCCCAGUCCCCGGACUGGCACACUUGCCACUCCACCAUUACCCUGUGUCCAGACUAUUCCUCCCUCCCGGCCCACAUGCUCCAAGCACCCUGCCCACCGCCGCCAGGCUCCCUCUCCCUCCCAAUAGCAAGAGUUAGAACAUUCACCCUUAUGGAGGAUUUAGCAUGGAUUUACAUGGAUUUCAUCAUUUUAAUCUUCCCAAGAGCCAUGUUCUGUUACUGUAACCCACAUUUUACAGCUGAAGAAACUGAGGCUCAGAGGCCCGAAAUCACCUGCACACAGCUAGUGAGUGAGUGGCAGGGCUGGGGCUCAGAGAACUUUGCUCAUUGUUCUUAUGAUUUGUAGGAACACAUUGCAUUGUUUACUGCUACCAGUAAGGAGGAUCCUACUGUGUGCACGGUGCCUGGGCAGAGAGUUCCCUAAUGGGUUAGAGGCCAGGACUCUGAAGGCAGAUGACAGAGGAUCAAAUCCCACCUGUGCCACUCACCCCCAUGUAACCCAGAGCAAACAACUUUGUGCCUCAGUUUCUCCACCUUUGAGGGCUAAAUGCUCAGAGAUGUGUGAAGCACUGACCUGUGGUCAGCGCCCUGUGAGUGUUCAGUUAUCUGUCCCGUUUUACAGCUGAGGAUAAAGAUUCACGGCAAGGGUCGCUAACCAGCAGAGAUCUGAAGCAAUCCCGAACCCCUGGGCUAUAAUAGCCCCCUUUGUUAUACCAGGAGCCCCCACAAACCUUCUCUCAACCCCAGUCCACCCAGAGUGAUAAUAAUAAUCCCCUAUUUCAUGGAUUCUAAGACCCACGAUUUCUUCCCGUCUUCACACCUCUAAAUUGAGGAGUCUCUAACCACCCUUGGUGAGUGGUGGCUGUAAAUGACAGCACCAGGUACCUCUUAAAAUCCAUGACCCUGAGUGAUGGAAAAGGCCUGGAACCAGAUAGUGAUGACUGUGCUAAUGCCACUGAAUUGUACCCUUUAAAUUGGCUUAAAUGGUAAAUUUUAUUUUCUGUUUUUUUACCACCAUAAAAAGAAUUGUUUUAUUUUACCAUAACUGCAGCCGAGAUCCAGCGCCCACCGUGUGGCAGACCUGGCCCAGUCCCCCUCCCCACACCUGCCCCGCCCCUGCCCCAACCCUGACUUGUUUCCCCCUGGGGGGCUCCGGGCCGUCGCGGGCAGGCGCUCGGCCAGGUGCGCGGCCUCCCGGGCGCCCCCUCUCCAUGCAGACCCGGGACGCCCCCGCCUGCUCUGCGCCCCAUUUCUCUGCAGGCGCCGAGGCGGUGCAGGUGCAGGCGUCCGCGCAGCAGGACGGCUUCUUGGGGACCACCGCCACGCUGCGGUGCCAUCUGCCGCAGCUGGCGCCCGGCGCCCGCGUCAUGCAGAUGAUGUGGCUGCGGCGGGAGCCGGUGGGGGAGCCCCUCAGAGUCGCCGCCUUCCACCCCUCUCGGGGCGCCAGCUACCUCGAGCCGGAGCGGAUGGAGUUCGUGGCCGCCAGGCUCGGCGCGGAGCUGCGGGACGCGUCGCUGGCGGUGCGGGAGUUGCGCGCGGACGACGAGGGCAACUACACCUGCAUGUUCGCCACGUUCCCGCAGGGCAGCGGGAGCGCGGACACCAGGCUCCGCGUGCUCGCCCAGCCACAGAACCAGGCUGAGGCCCUGGAAAUCACGCCGAGCCCGGAGCCCGUGCCCGUGGCCCGCUGCGUCUCCACGGGAGGCCGCCCGCCUGCUCGCAUCUCCUGGUCCUCGCAUCUGGGCGGAAAGCGCAACAACAGCCAGGUCCCAGGACCCCUGCCCGGCACGGUCACCGUCACCAGCCUCUUCACCCUGCUGCCCUCAAGCCAGGUGGAUGGCGAGAAUAUCACCUGCAGAGUUGAGCAUGAGGGCUUCAAAGAGCAUGUCCUGCUGCCCGUGACCCUCACUGUACUGUAUCCCCCUGAGGUGUCCAUCUCAGGCUACAAUGACAAUUGGUACAUUGGCCUCAGUGAGGCCACCCUGAACUGUGACAUCCGCAGUAACCCUAAGCCGAUGGUCUGUAACUGGACAACGGCCGUGGGGCCCCUGCCUCCCCCAGCCAUGGCCCAGGGUCCCCAGCUCCUGAUCCGUAAUGUGGAUGAGUCCGUCAACACGACGUUCAUCUGCAGUGUCACCAACGCCAUAGGAACUGGCAAGGCAGAACUGACUGUCCUGGUGAGAGUAUUUGGCAGAACUCUACCCAUUGCAGUUGACAGGAGCACAAAUCAAAGUAGUCCAAGCACAAAUGGGUCUUCAGCGCGGGAGCAGUCGCGCUCAGCCCUGUCUGCUGGGGGCAUCACUAUUGUGGUGGUGGCAUCCCUGGUCGUGGUGACCCUGCUGGGGGGUCUGCUUUAUUUCUUGGUGCACAAAAAGUCCAGUCGGAAUUCUGGCAGCCCCUCUGCAAACGGGGCCGUCUCCUAUUCAGUUGUCGCCCAUGAGGACAACUCUACUCAGUAACUGCCACCAGUGGACACCAAGUGACAGCAUCAAGGCUGCAUGGAGAGGGAGACUGGAGCAGAGGAGGAUGUGGGCUUUGCCGGCAGGACCCCUCCCCAGUGGAUGAAGACCCCCUCCAAAGAGACUGGCUGACACCCUCAUGGCCAACUUCCACAACGUCUCCCCCUCUGCCUCUCAGUGCGGUGGGUGGGCCUCCAGAAUGUUCCGGCCAUCUGAGAAUAUUUAAGAAUUUAGUGUCUGAACUUGAGCUUCCAGUUGAUGUUCUGUGGCUUUACAAGAAACCGCAGCUGCUCUGCUUGGGUGUGGAGGGGACUCCGAGGCUGGGGCUCAGGACCCAAGUAGCUGCCUGGGGCUCCCCAAGGAGCGGGAACAACUACCGUACAUGAACUUGGGGGUUGUUAUUGGACUGAGUCAGCUCCAGACACCUUCUGCCAAGAUCCGGGUCCCUGGAGACCCUCUGUUGCCGAGAGGCUGGAUGGAUGAGAUCCGCUGACAAGGGAACCACCACCCCACCAAGGAAAGCAGGAUGCCAUUACAAGUGGGAAAGGAUGGUGGGGGUGCAAGACGGCAGCUGUGUGGGACACACUCCCCUUGCCCAAAAUGGUAGCGUCCCAAGACCCAGGGGGCACUUGGCUGCCACUGACAUAUUUAAAAAGUCCAUGUCCGGGAUGAAUCUGGACCUGGCAUCGUGGGACUGAAGAGUACCUUCUUGACCAAAAGGGGGAUGCAAAAUGAGACAAAAUAGUUUCAGUGGCUGAGAGAUUUCAAAUGGAGUCAAGAGGUCACUCUG